AUGCCGGAAUGCCAGACUAAUGAGAUUGGAACGCUGAUUGGCAACAUUCAGGAGAUCGUACAACGGCUACAUCCAGGAUGUGAUGACGAGCUCGAAUCGCUGCUCACAUGGCUGAACCCGAAUGAACCAAACAGUAAUCAUCACAUGAGGCCGCCGCCUUUGCGAUUGAAGGACACGAUCAAGCUGCUUGUCAACCAAUACUAUAAUGGACAAUACAAUCCGAAAAGUGAAUGCGAGAUAAGCAAAGGAUUGGACUUUGAUCUCACCAAUCUGCUACGUCAGUUUUAUGUACAUCAAGUGCGCUACCAUUUCUUCACCUCUUUCGACUCUAUCCAGAGCUUCAAAGAUAUUCAAAGGCUGGAGAGAUACUACGAUUUCCCUUUGAAAUACAUAUACCUGUUCCAAUCAAACCCAGAUGAAUGGAUCAUGGAGAGAGAUAGCCUGCGACAUUAUCUGCUUAAUCGAAACGUCAAGUUCAAAGAAAACUUAAAGCAGAGAUUAGCAGUUCUAAUCAUGGAGGAUGAUUAUGAAGUUAUUGGCGAGGUUCUAGAUUGGGUCAACAAAGCCUGCUGUAAUGUGUCAUCCACAGAGCUUCUUAUGGACCUUAUCUUUCUUAAAAUCACAAAAUACUGCGAGUCUCAUCUGAACGGCGCUUUUGGUGAGAGAUUUCUUGUGAUGAAAACGUAUAACAAGUUCAUCACCAAAUAUUGGGUCCAUUUCACUCGGCUGCUGUGUUGCCACGCGGACGAUCAUGAAUUGACCAAUGUCAUCUACAGCGUUUUCGAGAAGCAAUUCCUUAGGAUUCGCACCAAGCAAGCAUUUCAAAUCUUCGUCACCCAUUAUCCAUCCUCUGAGCCAACCAUAUUGGAAAUGAGAAAGCUCCUGACCAAUUCUAAACAGUUAAGGAAGAUAGUCGUCCUUUUUCUUCUGGAAUUUGAAGCACGAAUACUAAACCCUAGUGUCACGACGGUUGAUGCUUUAUUAGCAUACGUUAAAUGUGUUAAAGCCUUUCUAGCGCUAGAUCCGUCAGGAAAAUAUCUGCAUUCUAUAAGCUCCUUUGUGAGAUCUAGGUUUCAAGAACGAUCUGAUCUUGUCACGGUAUUGCUUUACGCCAUUAUGGAUCUGGGGUUCAGCGAGCUACUGGAAGGCCCACACGCUCAAGUAAAUGCGGCUUCGUUGGAGGCUCUGGCUGAGGAAUUCAAGAAAUCUGAGCUUGCCAUUGACUACGAUUUAUCAUUUGCCAGCGGGAAUAGGAAUGCCGUAGCGGACAAUGUAAGUGACGAAGGUUCCUUACCAUACGAGGAAGUUAUGGAGCAGUUUCUCUCUUGGACUCCAGAUUCCUCAAUAAUCCUACCCCACUCACCGGGCAAGCGAUUGUCGUCUCACGGACUUCUUGAUAUACUGUUGGAGUUAUUUGAAUCGAAGGAUUUUUUUAUUUCGGAGUUCUUAAAGUUACAAACCAAACGCUUGUUGUCUCUGAAGUAUUAUCGACUGGAUAAGAAUUGGUCAAACUGCCUCCAAAUCCUGAAGAAGAAACUAAGCAAUGGGACCUCAGCAACAAGUAUCGGUAUAACUCCGUCUGGGAACCCUAGUGAGAACGCACGUACCGAAGAUUACUCCAAUAUCAAUUAUAUUGACGUUAUGCUUUGGGAUGUGAAAUGUAGCCUGGAAGUUUGCCAACAAAUGCAUCAAGUAUCCGGCCUAGAUCCCAGAAUUUACCCCAAGUUCAUAUCUUACCUAUAUUGGAACUAUCAUUGGGACACAGGUCACUCUUUCGAACUACCACAAGGCCUGGAACAAGAACUUGAAAAAUAUUGCAAAGUUUACAGCGAGAUGAGACCUGGAAGGGCUUUAAAACUAUGCAGAGAUCGAGGUGUAGUGGAGCUGGAACUUGCGUUCCAAGAUGGGCGCAGGAAAUGUCUAGACGUGACACUAGAGCAGUAUGCAGUGAUUCAACAAUUUGACGCGGAUCAGAAGUCCCCAAAGCACACCGCUGAAGAUAUCAGUGCUAGAUUAAAAAUGGAGCCCUCAAAAGCAAAAAGCGUGUUGAGAUUCUGGGUAGAGAAAGGAAUCCUUCUCUUAGAAAAUGGCUAUUAUGUUAUACAGGAAUCUAAGCAAGGCGGAGAAUCCGAGACCCCUCAUAAUGUAGCCAGCGGUAGCGGCAGUUUGAGCUCACUAGCAGAGAGACCAGAUUCGACGAGAGAUCAAGAGAAUCAGGUGUCGAAUAUCUUGAAGAAUGUUUGGCCAUUCAUCCAGGGUAUGUUGAUGAACUUGGGCAGCUUAAAGGUGGAAAAGAUACACUCAUUUUUAAAAGCGACGGCACCCAAGGAGCUAGGAUACAGUGCCAUCACUCAGUCUCAUUUGGAUUUCUAUCUUAGCUUAUUAGUCGAAGAGGAAAGACUAGAAUGUACAAGCAACGGAUCCUACAAGCUUCGGAGCUGA